AGGAGGAAGAGGAAAACGAGACAAACAGCCAGCGCAGUGGAGAGGAGCGUGUGCCCAGAGGUCCCCAUCCCGGCAGAGCUGGGAUCUGGGAGCCGGUUUGCCGUCGUCCAGUCCUGCCUCAGCCUGCUGCUGCCCCAUGGAGGCCAUGGGCCGUGGGACUCUGCUGGUCCUGCUGGCAACCACAGUUUGGCAUGCAGGUCAGGGGGUCCCAGUAAUUGAGCCCAGCGGCCCUGAGCUGGUGGUGGAGCCGGGAACAACAGUCACCCUGCGAUGCAGGGGCAACGGCAGUGUGGAAUGGGAUGGCCCCAUCUCCCCCUACUGGACCCUGGACCCUAAUGCUCCCAACAGCGUCCUGACCACAAACAAUGCCACCUUCAAAAACACGGGGACCUAUCGCUGCACGGAACCCGGAGACCCCCUGGCAGGCAGCGCCACCAUCCACCUCUUCGUCAAAGACCCUGUCCGGCCCUGGAACCUGUUGGCGGAGGAGGUGACAGUGUUUGAGGGUCAGGAUGCCCUACUGCCCUGCCUGCUCACCGACCCCUCGCUAAAGGCGGGCGUCUCGCUGAUGCGUGUGCGUGGCCGGUCGGUCUUGCCCCAAACCAACUACUCCUUCUCACCCUGGUAUGGCUUCACCAUCCACAAGGCCAAGUUCAUAGAGGGCAGGGACUACCAGUGCUGUGCCUUGGUGGACGGCAGGAUGGUGAAGACUCUUGGCAUCCGGCUCCAUGUGCAGAAAGUCCUUCCAGGGCCCCCAACCUUGACACUUGAGCCUGCAGAGCUAGUGCGGAUCCGAGGGGAGGCUGCCCAGAUUGUGUGCUCAUCCAGCAACGUGGACGUGGACUUCGACGUCUUCCUCAAACAUGGAAACACCAAGCUCAAAAUCGCUCAACAAUCGGACUUCAGUGAUAACCAUUACCACAAAGUCCUCACCCUCAACCUGGAUGACGUAGGCUUCCAAGACGCUGGCAACUACUCCUGUGUGGCCACCAAUGCCCAGGGCACCCACUCCACUUCCAUGAUUUUCCAGGUGGUAGAGAGUGCCUACUUGAAUUUGACCUCUGAGCAGAACCUCCUCCAGGAGGUGACUGUGGGUGAGAACCUCAACCUCAAUGUCAAGGUGGAGGCCUACCCUGGCCUACAGGGUUUCAACUGGACAUAUUUGGGACCCUUCUCUGACUACCAGCACAAGCUUGAUUUUGUCACCAACAAGGAAACCUACAGGUACACCUCCAGCCUCUCCCUGCCCCGCCUGAAGCCCUCUGAGGCUGGCCGCUACUCCUUCCUGGCUAUGAAUGCAGGGGGUUCCAGUUCGCUGACCUUUGAACUCACCUUGUGCUAUGCCCCCGAGGUCAGUGUCAUGUGGAUCCCCAUGAAUGGCUCUGAGACCCUGUUCUGUGAUGUCUCUGGAUACCCCCAGCCCAAUGUGACAUGGCUGCAGUGCAGGGGCCACACUGAUAAAUGUGAUGAAGCCCAGGUGCUGAAGGUCUGGGUAGACUCCCAGCCAAAAGUCCUGAGCCAGGAGCCCUUCCACAAAGUGACCAUCCAGAGCCAACUGACCAUUGGGACCUUGGAACACAACACCACCUAUGAGUGCAGGGCCCACAACAGCGUGGGGAACAGCUCUCAGUCCUUCAAGGCCUUCUCAUUAGAAGCCUACAGGCAGGACCCGGACGAGUUCCUCUUCACACCAGUGGUGGUCGCCUGCAUGUCCGCCAUGGCCUUGCUGCUGCUACUGCUGCUGCUGCUCUUGUACAAGUACAAGCAGAAGCCCAAAUACCAGGUGCGCUGGAAGAUCAUCGAGAGCUACGAGGGCAACAGCUACACCUUCAUCGACCCCACCCAGCUGCCCUACAAUGAGAAGUGGGAGUUCCCAAGAAACAACCUGCAGUUUGGUAAGACCCUCGGAGCCGGAGCCUUUGGGAAGGUGGUAGAGGCCACAGCCUUUGGUCUGGGCAAGGAAGACGCUGUCCUGAAGGUGGCUGUGAAGAUGCUGAAGUCCACGGCUCAUGCAGAUGAAAAGGAGGCUCUGAUGUCGGAACUGAAGAUCAUGAGUCACCUGGGCCAGCACGAGAACAUAGUGAACCUUCUGGGGGCCUGCACCCAUGGAGGGCCCGUUCUGGUCAUCACCGAGUACUGCUGCUAUGGCGACCUGCUCAACUUCCUGCGAAGGAAGGCUGAGGCCAUGCUGGGACCCAUCCUGGAUUCAGGUCAGGACCCCGAGGGAGACACUGGCUACAAAAACAUCCACCUGGAGAAGAAAUAUGUCCGCAGGGACAGUGGCUUCUCCAGUCAGGGUAUGGACACCUAUGUGGAGAUGAGGCCUGUUUCCACUUCUUCUUCCAAUGACUCCUUCUCUGAGCAAGACUUGAACAAGGAGGACUGCCGGCCUCUGGAGCUCCGGGACCUGCUCCACUUCUCCAGCCAAGUGGCACAGGGCAUGGCCUUCCUUGCUUCUAAGAAUUGCAUCCACCGAGACGUGGCAGCUCGAAACGUGCUAUUGACCAAUGGGCACGUGGCCAAGAUUGGAGACUUUGGGCUGGCCAGGGACAUCAUGAAUGACUCCAACUACAUUGUCAAGGGCAACGCCCGCCUGCCUGUGAAGUGGAUGGCCCCAGAGAGCAUUUUUGACUGUGUCUAUACAGUUCAGAGUGACGUCUGGUCCUACGGCAUCCUCCUCUGGGAGAUCUUCUCACUCGGGUUGAACCCCUACCCAGGCAUCUUGGUGAACAGCAAGUUCUACAAGCUGGUGAAGGAUGGAUACCAGAUGGCCCAGCCUGCAUUUGCCCCGAAGAACAUAUACAGCAUAAUGCAGGCCUGCUGGGACCUGGAGCCCACUCGCAGACCCACCUUCCAGCAGAUUUGCUCCCUCCUCCAGGAACAGGCCCAAGUGGACAGGAGAGAGCAGGAUUAUGCCAACCUGCCAAGCAGCAGCAGCGGUGGCAGCAGCAGCAGUGGCAGCAGCAGCAGCAGUGAGCCAGAGGAGGAGAGCUCUAGCGAGCACUUGGCCUGCUGUGAGUCAGGAGAGAGCACCCAGCCUCUGCUGCAGCCCAAUAACUACCAGUUCUGCUGAGGCAGCCGACUGAGCCUUGCCUCUCCUCUUCUCCAGGACAGGGUGAUGUGGGGAGAAUGUACACACUCUACCCACGAUCACUUCACUCAACAGCUCGGUCCAGCUCUGAAACUUGGGGAUGUGAGGGAUCCUGAGGACUGAGGACCCCAUUCUAGAGCCUGGGCUACCACUGCCAGGAAGGGGCUGGGGCUGAACCCUGCCCCUCACCCACCCGCUACCAUUCUCACAUUGUUGGCCUCACGUUUGCUACACCAACUAGUGGAACCCCAGUUCCUUCUCUUAAUCUGUUCCCAUCUCUAAGAACCACCCUACUUGCCUGACCCCCCUCAUCUCUAUGGAAAUGAACUGAUUUUGUGUCUAUGAAGUCCCUAGGAAUUACCCUGAUAUUGAAGAAAUAAGGCUCCUCAGGGUUACGCAGCCCUGCAAGUGGCAGGACAGCUCUGACCAUGUGGAGCAGGAGUGGAAGGUGAUGCAGACCUCAGAGCGGCUCCUUUGCAACAGUGUGACCAGGCCUUCUAUCCCCUGCAGCCUUCUCACUCCACAGCUCGCCCCACCCUGGAUCUGGUACUGCUACAAUGAGCCAAGUGGCAGCUAUAUGAGGGGUGUUUUGCCCAUCUCGGGCUGGAAGGCAGGAGACCUUUGAGUGUGGCAGGCCACACCAAGCAAGAAGCAUGCACUCCCCAAGCUGACUCACCAUAACUAACAAUCAUACUGUGGACGUCCCUGUCAACAUUAAACUAACAGCAUUAACACAGCUGGUCUCUGGUUCUUUGCGCCACCCAAGUGCCUGCAAAUUCCCUGGGCCCUCCUUCCAUCCCUUGUUCACAUGAAGUGAUAAGCUUAAAACCUCAUGAACUCCACCACAAUGUACCCCACACAAUGACCAUAGAACUGGCUCUUGCAUCAUCAAAACCAGAUAAUUUAAUAAACUUUAUUCUUUUUGGGGAAGAGAGGGGGGGGAAAGCCACCUACUCCACUCCUCUCAAUAAAUUAAGUACUUGGCCAAUUCUCGGGCCCUAAGCAAACUGUGGGCACUUGAGCCAGUCCCGCUGUUUCCAUAUGGCCCAGUCUGCUUCCCCUUCACAGAAGGGAGUUUUCCUACUGCUGCCAGGUUAUGUCACAACCAUGGGCCACAUCCCCUCUGUGGUGUGGGUUCCAGGGCCCAGAGAGGAUGUAGGGUGCAGCAGCAGUGGCCAGGGAAAGCAGGAAGGGGACUCUGUUCCCCAAAACUCAGGGCAGAGAACAAUCCUGGAAGAGAGCUGUGGCUGACUGUCCCUCCCUCCCCAGCUUCCCCCAGAGGUGGGUACAGGAA